AUGAUCCCAACAAAACGCCUAGCCCAAGGUGGCUUUUUCAGACGUAGUGCUGACGAAUUUGGUCGCCUGUCCAGGAUUGCCUGGAACACAGAAGCCCUCCACACACCCACGAAGCCUUAUUCGAUCCUCAACUUCGAAGAUGAAAGCACGGUUACAAGCUGCAAAACCAUGGCCGACCGCGCCGUAGGAGGGUUCAGCACUGCCAGCUUAGACUUCGAAUCAGCAGACCCUUCAACAAACACACCCUCGCAUGCCCGGUUCCACGGCACCAUCUCAACUAAACUCCCAGAGAACUGGCGAGUCGAAAGGACUGGCUACGCCGCCUUCCGCAACCAAGACAGAGGCCUGUGGCUUUUCGGUCGCCUUUUUUGGGAUGUCGAUCCAUAUGCGUACCUGGCAUUACGGAUUAAAUCGGACGGUCGACGAUACACCGUGAACGUUCAGAGUGACUCCAUCGUCGACACGGAUAUCCACCAGCACAGACUAUACACGAAACACCACCGCGUACGCGACAUCGAAGAUCAUAAUGACGCCCCUGACUCCGUAGACGAACUCUUCCCCGAGGGUAUGCCUGCGGCACUCUCAGACGUACCGCCCCAAUCCACGAUCCUGUCGUCAUCGACUAGUACGACAACAUCUGGGGGAACCGGGUGGGAGACUGUUCUAUUACCAUUUAACUCUUUUGUUCGCACGAACCAUGGUUACGUGAUCGAGCCCCAGACAUCGUUGAUGCGCCAGCGCAUUAAGAGUAUUGGUAUUGGCUUGACGGACCGUGUAGAGGGGCCGUUUGAUUUGCGCAUUCAUAAGAUCUGGGCGACUAAUGGGAUGGGUGAGGCAGAGCAUGAAGAGGAGAAGCGGAUUUGUGGCGCGGAUGCCCUGCCUAUUGAUGAGGGUGUUCGGACGGGUUGGACUGAAGAGCCCGCGCCGAAGCCUGAGAGGGAGCAGCGACAGCAGAGCCCCAAGGAGAAGGGACUGAAGGGACUGAAGGGGGAGUGGGAUGAGUGA